AUGGCACUGAGCAGCCGCCGCGCUCGUGGCCAGUGCGAGCCUUCAGCGACACUAAGCGUGCCGGGCUGCUUGAGCGCGGCGCAGACGCAAGGGCGCGUGCGACGCCCCCUAUCGCCGUCACGGGUGCUCCUCGAACGACUUUUCAAACGCUCUCCAUCAUCAUCUCGGGCUACUGAUUCUCAAGAGACAAGAUUCGGAAUGAGAAAAGAGAGGAAUGGACCUCCUCCAUUGCCGCCUAUUGAUUUUGAUUUAUAA